UGUCAAAAAAAGCAUGGAGUCGGGAUAUGCGUACCUUCUUAUUUUGUGUGGCUUUUGCAAAUGCAGUUUUUCGCUCCAAUAGCCAAGAACUGUCGUCUAACACAGUGACACUGACAAGUGAAAAGGGUGCCCAUACAGUUGUUAAUUUUCAAUGUGGGGUUGGUCAACAGGCGGCAACUGAAUCCGAUGCAGAAAGACAGACCCAGGGUCGACCAGGAAAGAAAGGUCCGAUUGGGCCUAUGGGUCGAAAAGGAGAAAGAGGUUUUAAAGGAGAACAAGGUUUGAAAGGAGAACCGGGAAAUGACGCAGAUUUACAGCGAGUUCGACAGGAAAUAGGAUCAAUGGCUGUAUCGAACUGUGGUGAACUCAAAAAAUAUGGAAUUACAAAAACAGGUUACUAUUUGAUGAGGGAUCCAGAAAGUUCAAAUGCAUUAUAUGCAUACUGUAAUUUUCAGCCAAAAAAUGGCGUUUCCACGUGUGAGCAACUUAAGAACACAUUUCAUAUUACUGAAUCAGGAUUUUACACUUUCUUGGCAACGAAUUCAACCCAAACAUUUCAAGUAUUCUGCGAUUUUUCCAACGUUAAAGCUGUAACAGAAAUCUGGCAUGAUUCAAUGAGAGAGCAAAAUACAGAGAAAUGCGAAGGAAAGGGCUGCUAUUCUGUCACCCCUACGUACAGCAUUUCCGCCGAACAUAUCAUUCAAGUCAUCGAAAAUUCUGUUGAAUGUCGGCAGUACAUAAAGGUACUCAUACACAUGUCGAUCGUUUUUGUAAAAUCGACACAAAUUCAUAUUAUUAUGUCACAGUUUCGAUGCCACGGUAGUGUUAUCACAUUCGGUGCUCCAACCGAUCCUUGGGCAUGGUGGACAUCACGAAAUGGUGAAAAAAUGCUUUACUGGGGAGGCUCUACCUCAAGAAAAGACGGAUAUUGUGCAUGCGGAGAAACAGGCACGUGCGUCAACAACAGAUAUAAAUGUAAUUGUGAUAACAACGGUAACGUGAUGACCAGAGAUGAAGGAUACUUGACGGAUAUGGCAAAAUUGCCCGUCAGUAAAAUGUCUUUCGGCGAUGCAGGAGAUCCUUCUGAAUACGGUUGGCACACAUUGGGAAAGCUGGAAUGCAUGUAGUAACAAUUAUAUAUCUACUUUACCGGUUACUGUAAAUUCAUCACACACAAAGACGGCAUAAACACUCGGGCUUGGGCAUUACUGCGUAGGCUUGCGGUUAUGAUUUAACCCCAGGGUUCCAUGGAAUAAGGCCAUCGUUUUCUUAACUACCGACCAAUUCAAUUUCCUCUAUUUAGUCUACUGGAGCAUCCUACACUCCUAUCUUCGUCUAUAAAUAAAAUAUACUUUCGAAAAUAAAAUAUAUACUUUUAAUAAAAUUUCACUGAAAUCACUCAUACUCGCUUUAGCUGUGGCUGGUUUACCGCUGUUAAUUUCGACAUGUUCACCUGCCAAGUUUUUUGUCAAACUUAUUUCACACCUGCGUUUGCUUUUGUUUAUUUUCUAUAUUUCCUUCUACUUGUCCUUUUUUGUAACAAUUCGUUUGCACAGAACACAAUGUAUUAUAGCGUAUAGAAGCAUAUCAUGCAUAUAUAUAAACGAUCCUGUGUAAAUGGGCUACAGCGAAAAACACACAAAUACAAGGCAUUAUGAUCCAAAGUGUUCAGGUUGAUUUUUGCUUUACAACUAUUACAAAAGCUGUGAUCAAAAAAACUAAUUGAAUAAGUUCAACUACCAACGCGUAUGUCCGAUAUAUUGAUGAAAGAGAAUUGGCAAGCAUAUUGAAAUAUGAUCUUCAGAGUUACCUUAUACGCUUAUAGCUUGAAUAGAAAUUGGUGAAACAUCGCGAUUGGCUAAUUUUGUUAAUCUUUUGCGAUUACAAUGAGUUUUUAUAAAUAUAUCGUUGUUAUGCAGAAUUAAAAAUGCGAUAUUGUUGGUUG